AUGCACUGUGUAGACAGAGGCGGCACAUUUACAGACUGCCUGGGAAUCGUGGAAGGUGUUGAAGAAAAUAUUUUGGUCAAGAUUCUCUCUCAAGACCCUUCCAAUUAUCCCGAUGCGCCCAUUGAAGGGAUUCGGAGGAUCCUAGAGGAGGCCACUGGCAAGAGCUUUCCUCGGGGUCAAAAGAUCGCUACUUCUCAAUUCAAAGACUUGACGAUUCGCAUGGGCACUACUGUUGCUACAAAUGCUUUACUCGAGCGUAAGGGGGACAGAGUGGCCCUCCUUAUUACGGAGGGAUUCGAUGAAGCAUUGAAGAUCGGUCUUCAAUCCCGGCCAAAACUUUUCGACUUACAUAUUAAGAAGCCCGAUGUACUCUAUGAAAGAGUAGUUGAAGUCUCAGAGAGAGUCACAGUCGAGAGCUAUCAGCAAAGUCCCUCCUAUGAUGAGGAUGUUGUGGACAUCGAAGAAGCCACUAAGACAGACCCCAACUUGGUCAGGGGCCUUAACGGCCAGGUGAUUCGGGUGCUUAAAAGACUUGACAAGGAGCGGGUGAGAGCCGAUUUGAGGAAGCUUUAUGAUGAUGGGCUCCGUAACAUAUGUGUUUGCUUGGCUCACUCCUAUACUUUUCAAGAACAUGAAUUGCAGAUCCAAGAGAUAGCAACAGAAAUUGGUUUCUCUCAGAUCACUUUAUCAUGCCUUACUCUCCCCAUGAUUAAGAUGAUCUCGCGGGGUAUGUCUGCAACAGCAGAUGCUUAUCUAACGCCAGUUGUUCAAAAAUACAUCAAGGGCUUCCAGUCUGGCUUUACUGAUGGUUUACAAUCUUCAAAUACGCGCUGCGAAUUUAUGCAAAGUGAUGGCGGACUGGUUGAUGUUAGAAAAUUUAGUGGCCUCAGAGCUGUCCUUUCUGGCCCUGCUGGCGGUGUAGUCGGCCACGCGCGAACAAGUUACCACCCUGAGGAGAACAUGCCAGUAAUCGGAUUUGAUAUGGGUGGCACCAGCACAGAUGUGUCACGUUUUGAUGGAUCUUUCGAUCACACCUUUGAAAAUUCUACCGCUGGUAUCACUAUUAUGGCCCCCCAACUGGACAUAAAUACAGUGGCUGCUGGAGGUGGCAGCAUCCUCUUCUGGAGGCACGGUUUAUUCGCUGUAGGCCCUGAUUCAGCUGGUGCACAUCCAGGCCCAGCCUGCUACCGCAAAGGGGGUCCUUUGACUAUUAGUGAUGCCAACGCAUUUACAGGCCGCCUAUUACCAGAAUACUUCCCAAAGAUCUUCGGCAAGAGCGAAAAGGAGCCUUUUGACGUAGAUAUCACUAGGACGAAGUUUGCCGAGCUGGCUAAGCAGAUUAGUGAGGAGACUGGCCAAAAGAAAACAGCAGAGGAAGUUGCCAUGGGAUUUAUUGAUGUCGCUAAUGAAACCAUGGCUAAACCUAUCCGAGCCUUGACUGAAUCUCGUGGCUUCGCCACAUCUGCUCACCAUUUGGCUUGCUUCGGUGGUGCCGGAGGUCAACAUGCUUGUGCUAUUGCUGCAUCACUUUCCAUUCAGAAAGUAAUUAUCCAUCGAUAUUCGUCCAUUCUCUCUGCUUAUGGCAUGGUGCUUGCCGACACUGUUCACGAAGCUCAGAGACCAGCAUCCGGUUUCUACACAUCUACCGACGUCGUCCAACCCGUUAUCGAAGAGCUCAAGGCCGAGGUUGACCGGGAGUUUCAGACCGAUGGCUUCUCAGAAAGCCAAGUCAAGCAUGAGGUCUAUCUUAAUCUUCGUUAUCAAGGUACUGAUAAUAACCUCAUGGUCCUUCAACCCGAGGAUGGCGAUUACCUUGCUGAGUUCACACGGCAACACUACCGUGAAUACUCCUUCACAUUCCCGGAGAAAAAAGUGUUAAUCGAUGAUAUUCGGGUCCGAGGCAUUGGAAAAUCAACUGGCAAAAUUAACGAGUCUCCAUAUAAGGAGCUUUGUUCCAUAAAUCAACAUGAUGUCACCAAGAGCAGUGAGGAUGGCCGAUCGUCGGUCUACUUUGCUCAAACUGGUUGGGAUGAGACACCUAUUUAUCGACUUGAGUCAUUAAAUCCCGGCUGUAACGUCAAAGGGCCAGCAAUAAUCAUCGACAAUACCCAAACCAUUAUCGUUGAGCCUUUAGUGAAAGCAACAGUGCUCAGCCGCCACGUCAUUCUGGAGCUGCCAUCAUCUCAAUCCCAAUCUCGCACUUUGAGCGAAACGACAGUGGACCCAAUCAGCCUCUCCAUUUUUGGACAUAGAUUUAUCUCUAUUGCAGAGCAGAUGGGACGGACUUUUCAAAAGACAGCUGUGUCGGUCAACAUCAAAGAACGCCUUGAUUUCUCAUGUGCUCUCUUCUCACCCAAUGGCCGUUUAGUUGCCAAUGCACCGCACGUGCCGGUCCAUCUUGGUUCAAUGGAAUAUGCUGUCAGAUACCAAAAUGAUAAGUACCGAUCGCAACUAAAGCCAGGCGACGUCCUCUGCAGCAAUCACCCAAUAGCUGGAGGAGUACAUCUUCCAGACAUCACGAUCAUGACUCCUAUUUGGGAUAAAGAUGAAAAAGAAAUUAUUUUCUGGGUCGCCUCUCGUGGUCAUCACUCCGAUGUAGGAGGUAUUAGCCCCGGUUCGAUGCCUUCUAAUAGCAAGUAUUUGUAUCAAGAAGGUGCAGCUGUGGAGAGCUAUAAGGUUGUCAGUGGCGGACGUUUCGAUGAGGAGCGGACUAGGAAAUUCCUCUGGGAUGAGCCGGCGAAGUACGAUGGCUGUAGUGGAACACGCAAUUACAAAGAAAAUCUAUCAGACAUGCGCGCUGCUAUUGCUGCCAACCAAAAGGGGGCUAAUUUAAUCGACAGGUUGAUCCAGGAGUUUUCUUUGCCCAUAGUUCACCUUUACAUGAACGCCAUUGCUGAAAAUGCCGAAGUUGCUGUGCGAACCUUCAUUCGCAAUCUGGCAAAGUCGAGGAAAACUCCUGUCCUUGCUUUUGAAGACUGUCUAGAUGAUGGGUCCAUUUUAAAGCUGGAAAUCCGUCUUAAUGGCGAAGAUGGUACUGCAGUAUUUGAUUUCACGGGCACAUCCGAGGAGACCCUCAACUGUCUUAACACUCCAAAGGCCAUCACCUACUCGGCAGUCAUCUAUUGUCUCAGAUGCCUCAUAAAUAUGGACAUUCCCCUCAACCAAGGCUGCUUAGCCCCUAUUGAGAUUAUUAUCCCUGAAGGCACCAUACUUAACCCGUCUCCAUACGCGGCUGUCUGCGCUGGCAACAGUGUCACGUCGCAGCGUAUUGCGGAUUUAAUCUUGGGCGCUUUUGGUGCCAUAGCUGCUUCCCAGGGCUGUGUCAAUGUGUUUGGGUUUGGGAAAGGAGGCAAAGAUUCAUCCGGUAAGGAGAUUCCUGGAUUUGGAUAUAUUGAAACCAUUGCCGGAGGCCACGGUGCCGGACCAACCUGGGCGGGAACAUCUGGAGUACAUGUGCACAUGAGCAACACGAGGUGUGCAGAUCCAGAAGUAUACGAACUCCGUUAUCCCGUCAUUCUCCGUCGGUGGACUCUUCGGACUGGGUCUGGUGGACAUGGCAAAUUCAAUGGUGGUGACGGGUGCAUUCGGGACAUUGAGUUCCGAAUUCCUCUGCAAGUAAAUAUGCUCAGCGAGAGACGUGUUUUAGGGCCAUACGGCAUGGCUGGUGGCCAUUCGGGAGCAGCAGGGAAGAACUUGUACAUCAAAAAUGAAGCUGAUGGCACAACACGAACUAUAAAUAUUGGCGGCAAGAUGGAGCUCAAUCUGUCUGCAGGCGAAAGGGUGGUUAUCCACACGUAA